UGCGGAUUUCUUAGCGAUCGCCGUAAACGACGCCGAAUUUAUAGCCGCCCUGCUGAAAUCUAUGCUUCGCGAACGCUUGCUGGUUCGGCGGACUCAUCGACCACCAGGAGUGGACUGGCGGACGCGGUAUCAACAGGUGCCUCCAGUACUGAAAAUCUGGAGUUUUGGCGUAGCUCCGAUGAACAAGCUGGUGAACUACGAUUCACGACCAUCUGUGCUUUGCAUUCUGAGUUGGUUGGUCUCAGCAUUAACGGGGAUUUGCGACAGUGGCGUUGGACAGAUGCUGUUCCGUUCGUUAGUACCGAUAAUAAAAUUUCUUCGAAGCGACAUCCAGUUGGAUUAGAAAAUUGGGAGGGAAUGCAAUGUGACGCCAGUUCCCGAAAUUCGACCGUUUACUANAUUGUGAAGCUUUCUGGUUGUGCUACGCGUGCGACUGUACUAACUAAUUCCGGCAAGUUCGCCACAUGGAUGGACGAAAGUUUGACGUCUUCACUGCCCUUGCCGAAUAUCAGUUCCACACAAACCAGCAGUGCUCAUUCGGGUCUUCUCAGCUUUGAACAUCGUGCUAUCCACUUCUCCGAUUUGCGUGAUGAAAUUGUAGUUGAAUUGCAGACAGCUCCAUUGAUCACAGUUGUUCGCUGUCUUUCUGGUGCAGUCUUUUGGUGGUAA